AUGAAGCAUUCAUGGUCCCUUGUCCUAGCUACUUUGCCCUGCCUGGCAUUGGCACUACCAAGUCCUGAGAGCCAGAUCAUCAAACGCGACAGUACUCUUAUACCCAAAUCAUGUUUUGACUCCACCUCUUCACUCACGGAGUACUUCAACUACAACUACCCAUGGGGCGACACCCACAACGGCGCCGCAAUCAUGAGCAGCUCUAACGCAGUGAUAAACACUGCAGGAACUCUGACCCUAGAAGCGGUAUACACCGGGGCCUCAGACUAUGCGUAUGAUUCGGGAACCGUGUACGCCAAACAGCACUUCACUGUUGCAGAAUCCGGCGGUCUAGAUUUUACAGCCGACUUUAUCGCCCCAGUUGCCAAGGGUACAUGGCCUGCUUUCUGGUUGAAUGGUGUGAACUCCUGGCCUCCGGAGGUUGAUAUUGCCGAGUGGAAGGGUACUGGAGAUAUCAGCUUCAACACUUUCAAUACCUCUAGUGCGGUAGAAGCUCUGAAUGUCAAUUAUCCCAAUCCAACCGAGUUCCACACUGUUCUUGCGGAAUUGCGGGAUGAGAAUGGGAGUGACGUUAAGGUCAACUUUUAUCUGGAUGGGACCCUCAUUACUACUCAAUAUGCCAAGGGACUUGUUGGGCAGCCAUUGGAGCUUAUAAUUGAUUUGCAGAUGGAAGGGAGCAGUGGAAGUCCAGGUCCGACGGGGAGUAUGUUCGCCUUCUCUCCUCUUGUUUGA